CUUCAUCACACCCCUCUCCCCGUCGUCUCGCACUGUCGCACCCGUGCACCACCACCACCACCCCACCACCACCAAAGGGGAACGAGCGCCGCCGAGCGAGCACGCCCGCCUCCCCCCACCGGAGCACGCGCGCCACCCCGAAAUCCCCUCUCGCAUCCGUCGGGCGGUCUCCUCCCCGUGCUCCUCCACUUUUCUGGAAUGGCGUCGAGCGGUGACGCAGCCGGAGUUGUCGUGCCGAGGAACUUUAGACUGCUGGAAGAGCUUGAGAGAGGAGAGAAGGGCAUUGGGGAUGGAACAGUUAGCUAUGGAAUGGAUGACGCAGAUGAUAUCUACAUGCGCUCCUGGACAGGAACAAUAAUUGGUCCCCACAACACUGUCCAUGAGGGCCGAAUUUAUCAGUUGAAGCUUUUCUGUGACAAGGACUAUCCCGACAGGCCACCGACUGUUAGGUUUCACUCAAGAAUCAACAUGACCUGUGUGAAUGCCGAGACUGGAUUGGUGGACCAAAGGAAGUUUAGCCUGCUGUCCAACUGGCGCCGUGAGUACACAAUGGAGAACAUCUUGAUACAGCUUAAGAAAGAGAUGGCGACAUCACACAACCGGAAACUAGUGCAGCCUCCGGAGGGGACCUUCUACUGAAGGAGCACUUGCCGUGUCGCACGUGUCAUUCCCAAGAACCCUCGCGGUUCCCAUUUUAGAUAUCGCAUAAGAUCGCAACAUUUGGUGCAAACGAUUAUGUAUAACUUUGACGGUGUCCUUCACAUGGUUCUUGUGUGUCUUGUCUCGUUAUAUCUCCUGGGUACGCCUGUGUUGUAAUGAUACGCUGGAGCUUCAGCUAUUGUUUUUAAAAGUACCAUUACGUUGCUUC